ACUAAAACCGGGGAAAGAAAGCGCGGCGGGGGGGAGAUCAAAAUGCCCACAUCGCCCAAUCUCGUGCAAGUGCUCUUUACAUGACUGUGCCGUCAAUUGCAACCAAUGAUUUGAGUUUUCACGAGCACUGCAAGUUGCGACGUCACCCCGCGCCCGCUUGUUUUUCAAACCGAUACUUGUUUAGCCUCAUUUGCACACAUUACCACACACGGGUGACGUUGAACACCGAAUGCUCAUCUGAGCAGCAUCUGGGAACAAGACCGAUCUCAUUGUGCACAGCAGUGUCAUCAUGUGGCGAAAUCUUAAAAGACCUCUGGCAGUCGUCGCGGCAACUGCGACAGCUGGCGGUGCAACAGCAGCAACACUAUACGCGUUUGGUGGUGAAAAGGAGAGCCAUGCUUUCCCAGCACCGGGCUUUUUACUUCGUCACCCGCUGCACGCGGAAGCCCAAGGUCAAACAAUUACUGACAAGGACAAGCAGCCGCAUUCUUUGUGGACUCCUCCUUCAAGGAAGGAAAUGAUCAACGCCUUAAAGGGCGUACCAAAGGACGCAGCCCCGGGAGUAAAGGGACCUGGCGGCGAAUUCGAUCUAUUAAUUGUCGGUGCGGGUGCAACUGGCAGCGGUUGUGCUGUAGAUGCCGCGACGCGAGGACUGAAAGUUGCUUUGGUGGAGCGAGAUGAUUUUGCUUCCGGAACCAGUUCAAGAAGUACAAAACUGGUUCACGGAGGUGUACGAUAUCUAGAAAAAGCAUUCUGGGAAUUGGAUUACGAACAGUACAAGCUCGUAAAAGAAGCACUCCACGAGAGAGGCGUUUUCUUGAAGAUCGCUCCCUUCCUUUCUUACCAACUGCCCACCAUGAUCCCGCUCUACAAGUGGUGGCACUUGCCGUAUUACUGGGGUGGUUGCAAAGCUUACGACGCGCUAGCCGCUUUUAGUGGUGAUGCUCUCUCCCAGAGUUACUUUCUAAGCAAGUCAAAGGCCCUCGAGGCGUUCCCUAUGCUGAAAAAGGAGGAUCUUGUGGCCGCCCUUGUGUACUAUGAUGGUGCACACAACGAUGCACGCAUGAACGUGGCGUUGGCUUUGACAGCGGUGGCUCACGGCGCAGUCGUAGCUAACCAUACCGAGGUUGUAAAGAUCUUGAAGAAGAAGAGGACAACGCUCUUGGGCAAAUUCAACCUUGGGGAAGAAGAGAUUUGUGGUGCCAUCGUGCGAGACAACUUAACUGGUGAAGAAUGGGAGGUCAAAGCCAAGGGAGUCAUCAAUGCUACUGGACCCUUCACUGAUGGCCUGCGCAAGUUGGACGCUGGAAUAUCGACUGCAGAAAUUGUGGCGCCUAGUGCCGGUGUGCAUAUUGUGCUGCCUAAUUACUACAGCCCACGUAACAUGGGUCUGAUCGACCCGGCGACAAGCGACGGUCGUGUUAUCUUCUUCUUGCCUUGGCAAGGAAGUACCAUCGCCGGUACCACCGACUCACCUACCGAAGUGACUCAGAAUCCAAUUCCAACCGAAAAGGAAAUCAACUGGAUUCUUAGUGAAAUCCAGAACUAUCUGAGCCCAGAAAUCAAAGUUCGGCGCGGUGAUGUGCUUGCCGCAUGGUCCGGAAUUCGUCCUCUUGUGCGCGACCCUCAUGCCAAGAACACCGCGGCCCUAGUCCGUAACCAUAUGAUUAAUGUGAGCCCUAGCGGCUUGCUCACUAUCGCCGGUGGUAAAUGGACUACCUACCGUGAAAUGGCACAGGAAACUAUUGAUAAAGCUAUCCAAGUGUUCGACCUCAAGCCAACUGGCCCUUGUGUGACUGAACAUGUACUCCUCGUCGGCUCCCACAACUGGUCAAAGAAUAUGUUCAUCAAGCUUGUACAACACUUUGGUUUGGACACAGAAGUUGCCCAGCACCUUGUUGGCGCAUAUGGUGAUAGAGCAUGGGCAGUAGCCUCGCUGGCGUCUUUGAGUGGCAACAGAUGGCCUCUUGUGGGUAAGCCAUUGGCUGUCGGUUACCCCUAUAUCGAGGCGGAGGUUCGGUAUGCUGUGCAGAGAGAAUAUGCGUGCACUGCGGUGGAUGUCAUUGCACGUCGUACCCGACUGGCGUUCCUGAACGCGCAAGCAGCCCUUGAGGCACUACCACGGGUGAUUGAUAUCAUGGCUGCUGAACUGAACUGGAACGAGGCCCGCAAGAAACAGGAAUACGAGCAAGGCAAAGAUUUCCUCAAGUAUAUGGGCCUGCGUGAACCUGGUGCAGUCUCAUUCCCCAUGCCGGAUGAUGGCGACAUCACGUUCUACGAGCGGACACAUUUCCGCCCUGACGAACUAGCGCGAUACCAAGCAGAGUUCAACAAGCUUGACUAUGACAAGGAUGGUCACAUCAGCGAGAAGGAUUUGAGUCGCGUGUUGAAACAGCUUGGUGUGAAAAUGACUGCCGCGGAGAUGGAGGGUGUGAUUGCUGAGGUGGACUUGAACAAGAAUGGCUCAGUGGAGUUCAACGAAUUUUUGGAGGUUCUGGCCGCCGUAAAGGACUUCCGUGCCCGCUCCAAAUUCGCAGAGAUUGUGUCAGACUACGAAAAGCGCGAACAGCUCAGCACUGAACGCAGCGGCGGAGGCGUAUAAUCUGAAUGUCGGGACUGGGGAGUAUCUACGGACUGGGGUACUUGGGCAACCUUUAAUUUUAUCUAUUACUUUAUUUAAGGCGGAAUUCAGACCGGUUCUAAUUUAGUGAGAGUUUGGAGGCGAUUUGAUUUCUGACCUCGUUUAAUGCGUAUUCUGUCAGAGGCGUUACUUUGGUUGUUGUUGUCGAGCUCAAAAAUAGGUAGAAAGUAGAACGUUGCAGCGAUAGUUUACUACUUGCUUUUUUUUCAAUCAACUACCGUUUUACUUUACUGUCCCCUG